AUGGCAAGCUUAGAGCUAGACGCUGAUGGCGCGCAAUUCACGCUUGCUUUCUUCACGAGCGUUUGGAAUCACUCCGUUGAUACGAUAACUUUACCACGAAUUUGUGUACUCUUAGACAGCAUCAAUGCAUAUUGCAAAAAGAAGCCCUUAAUUGGUCUGCUGAAAGUUUGUCGGACUGAUAGCAACGUCGAUAGAAGCAACAACGUUAGAGCUCAACGGCUCGAUGCAGCGCAAUACAAAGUGACAGAUCUGCCAGCGUGCGUACUAAUUGAUGCCCAAGGCCAAACGCUGACAGUAGAAUCCUUUAAAGCGCUAGAAAGCUUAUAUCGUCAGCCUCAAGUUAGCGAGAAAAACAAAGAAACAUCGCAGAUCUUUGACAAUUUGAACUCAUGGAAAGUUUUGGCUGAUCUAUUGGAAUGUAGUUAUGCUCCAGUAGCUGCCUUUGAAACACUACGACCGCUUUGGAAAAUCGAUGUCCCUGUUGAGAGUGCCAAUAUUCCCAAACGUACCGAAGAUAACGACCCAGAGCUUGUCAAAAUGCGUGAAAACGCUCUCAAGCUGUUCGAAUCGGGACAAUACGUUGCUUCUUUGUCAAAGUUUGAGGACAUCUUGCUGCGCUGUCCAACGUGCACAAAAUCGAAUUUCAACAUUGCUGUCAUUCUGCAAUCGAUCGGUGAAACUUACUUCGCUGUAGCGAGCAUGUUGCGUGUCGUCAGGCUUGACGAUAGCGACUCUGUCGCGCACACUGUCCUUCGCUCCGUGUACUUUCAAGAAGAGCCUGAUCUUGUCAUUACUGGGUACCACUCGAUUAGUAAAACUCAUGGUGACACCCACGUUCGUGCAGUACAUUCACUCGCAACUCUUACAGGGGCUACUACCACCAAAAUGGCCGCUCCUGCCUAUGUUGCGAAGGUCUUUGACGAGCUGGCAGAAAGUUUUGAGGAAAAGCUGGUGGCACACUUAGAGUACCGUGUGCCUUGGCAACUAGUCGAAGCUUUAAAACAAGUGUCACCACCAGGGUUUAAUCAUAACAACUCGACAACUGAGGCAGAUUGGGUUGUUGCUGAUGUUGGCUGCGGCACUGGUCUAUGUGGACGUCUGUUGCGUCCCUACGUGAAAUAUCUCAUUGGGGUAGACAUUUCGCCCUUGAUGAUUGAAAAGACACGCGACGGGGGCAGUUACGACGAACUACACACACUUGACAUUGUGCCUUUCUUAAAGUCGUGUGGAGAUGAGUCAUUAAAUUUAGUAAUCGCUGCGGACGUGUGGAUAUACGUUGGUUCGCUGGACCAAGUAUUUGAAUUAAGUGCACGUAAGCUGCAAGUAUCCACUGGUUGGAUGGCAUUUUCAAUCGAGAUUUUGCCGUUCGAAGAUAUCAAAGACGACACUACUGAUUCGGCAAAUUUUCGAUUGGCAACGUCAGGACGAUUCCAACACUCGCACAACUACAUCAAGUUUUUAGCAUUUCAAUGGGGCUUCAACAUCAUUGACCAGCAAGAUGUAGCUGUGCGUAAAGAGAGUGGCGAGCCUGUGCCUGGCCGAAUCUAUCUUCUUCAACGUUCAGCACCACUCAAAUUGAAUUUGCUUGACUAA